CCGACGUAUGUCGGGAGGAUUGCCGCCUGAGCCGGGGUGGGGGGCGCCGCCGACGCAUGCGCAGCGCUGCGGGAGCCUGCAGCCAUCUUCCGUGGCGGCCGAAGAGGAGCGGGCGGUCGCGGCGAGAUCGCGGGAUGGAGCCGGCGGAGGGGCCCGUGGGCAAUGACAGCAGUGAGGAGAGUGGCAGCUACCGGUGUUCACUGUGUGGUAAGCUCUUCCGGUGGGCCUGUGUGUUGGAGUCACACCAGCGCUAUCAUCGGGGCGAGCGACCCUUUGAGUGUGACAUCUGCGGAAAGGGCUUCGUCACCUCCAGCAACCUGACCGACCACCGGCGGGUCCACAGCGGCGCCAAGCCCUUCGGCUGCCCUGUCUGCGGCAAGAGCUUCGUCUCGUCCAGCAACCUCAUUGCCCAUCGGCGCACCCACACUGGAGAGCGGCCCUACAAAUGCACCAUAUGUGGCAAAGGCUUUGCUGCCUCGCCCAACCUCGCUGUGCACCAGCGUACACACACCGGCGAGCGGCCCUACGGCUGUCGGCUGUGUGGCCGCGCCUUUGCCGAGGCAGGCAAGCUUUCAAGGCACCAGCUGACGCACGGCGGUGGCGGCGAGCGGCCCCACCGCUGCUCCGAGUGCGGCCGCGGUUUUCUCGAGUCAGGCAAGCUGGCGCAGCACCGGCGCACGCACACCGGCGAGCGGCCCUUCCGCUGCGGCGCCUGCGGCAAGGGCUUCAUCGCUGCCGGAAACCUGGCUGCCCACCAGCGCACCCACACGGGCGAGCGGCCCUUCCGCUGCUCUCUCUGCGGCAAGGGCUUCGUCACCUCCAGCAACCUGGCCGCCCACCAGCGUACCCACACCGGCGAGCGGCCCUUCCGCUGCCCCCUCUGCGACCGCGGUUUUGUGGAGUCGGGCAAGCUGUCGCGCCACUUGCGAAUCCAUACUGGUGAGAAGCCGUUUCAGUGUGGCGCCUGCGGAAAAUGCUUCACCCGGGCCGUGUCGUUACGUGCCCACCAGCGGCUCCACACUGGCCCCUCAGAGGGCCCCUGAGCAAGCCGGUCUGGAUCAGGCAGCCCUGCAUUAUUGAGGAUGUGUCUCGUGCAAUUCUGUGCUCUUUUGGAAACUGACUGGCAGAAUUCUGCAGAUGUUUCGACACUGAUGUCUGCAGCCAUUUGGAGGGGCUGUUGGGUGAUGAGGUGGAUGCUGUGCUCACAGACUAACCCCUCCCAGGGACAUAGAGAAUGUUUCCGGGACACCACGAGAUUUGAUUAAUAGUGAUCCACAGGUCGUGGGAAUUGAUGGUGAGAGGCAUUGUAAUGUAGACGCCGAUGAGCAAUGCAAAACAUUCAAACAGUGUGGGAUUCUGUUAAUAUUUACGGGGUGUCCCCGGGGAGAGUGUUAAUAUUUACAGGGGGGUGUCCCCGGGGAGAGUGUUAAUAUUUACAGGGGUGUCCCCGGGGAGAGUGUUAAUAUUUACAGGGGGGUGUCCCCGGGGAGAGUGUUAAUAUUUACAGGGGGGUGUCCCCGGGGAGAGUGUUAAUAUUUACAGGGGGGUCCUGGGGAGAGUGUUAAUAUUUACAGGGGGGUGUCCCCGGGGAGAGUGUUAAUAUUUACAGGGGGGUCCUGGGGAGAGUGUUAAUAUUUACAGGGGGGUAUCCCCGGGGAGAGUGUUAAUAUUUACAGGGGGGUCCCGGGGAGAGUGUUAAUAUUUACGGGGUGUCCCCGGGGAGAGUGUUAAUAUUUACAGGGGGGUCCCCGGGGAGAGUGUUAAUAUUUACGGGGUGUCCCCGGGGAGAGUGUUAAUAUUUACAGGGGGGUCCCGGGGAGAGUGUUAAUAUUUACAGGGGGGGGUUCCCGG